CUUCCUCCCUUUCCCUCCGCCCCGCUCGCCGCUUGUGGGAGUGGGGGCAGAGAAACGGGCUGUCUGCAGCUCGGCUGGUCGCCUCUCACUCAAACAUCGUCAGUGCGCAGCGCGUGAAUGCCGCAUUGACGCUGGGCCACGACGUGGAGGUAGUUCCCAGUCGACGCCUUUCGGCGACAUCUCCCGCAACCCGCGAGAUGGACGCGGAACGGCGGCGUUGAAAAGUGUGCGUUCGUCAAGCUAACCAGUUAGCUCACUGGCUUGCUAAGCCCUCCCCAACGCUCGGCUAGCUAUUUGACGGAACCUCGGCUCGGUGCGGCGCGCGUGCCCCUCGCCGCAUCCUCCAACACCACCAAAGAAAAUGAAGAAGUUCAACAUUCGUAAGGUUUUGGACGGGUUAACGGCGGUCUCUUCGUCGUCGUCGGCCUCGCAGACUGGGGCCGGCAAGGAGAAUGACGCCGUCCCGGAGAGUCUGCAGUCGGAGCAUUUCCAGCUUUGCAAGACUGUGCGUCAUGGUUUCCCGCAUCAGCCAUGUUCCAUGGCCUUUGACCCCGUGCAGAAGAUCUUGGCUGUCGGGACACUGACCGGAGCUUUGAGGCUCUUCGGCCGCGCGGGUGUGGAGUGUUAUUGUCAACAUGAAAGUGGCGCCAGUGUCAUCCAGCUCCAGUUUCUCAUCAACGAGGGGGCGCUAGUGAGUGCCUUAGCUGAUGACAGCAUCCACCUGUGGAACCUGAGGCAAAAGAUCCCUGCCAUUCUGCAUUCACUCAAAUUCAACAGGGAGAGAAUCACGUACUGCCACCUGCCCUUCCAGAGUAAGUGGCUUUACAUCGGCACGGAAAGAGGCAACAUCCACAUUGUCAACGUGGAAUCCUUUACCCUCUCAGGCUACGUCAUCAUGUGGAAUAAAGCCAUCGAACUAUCCACCAAGACACACCCAGGGCCUGUAGUGCACAUCAGUGAUAACCCCAUGGAUGAAGGAAAGCUCCUCAUUGGAUUUGAGUGCGGUGUGGUGGUGUUGUGGGACCUGAAGUCCAAAAAAGCUGACUGCCGCUACAAUUAUGAUGAGGCCAUCCACUCGGUUGCAUGGCACCACGAGGGCAAACAGUUCCUCUGCAGCCACUCGGAUGGCACCCUGACCACUUGGAACAUACGAACUCCCGCCAAGCCGACACAGAUCAUAACGCCGCAUGGAAAGCAGCCCAAGGAUGGCAAGAAGCCAGAGCCAUGCAAGCCAAUACUGAAGGUGGAGUACAAAACCACGCGGGCCGGAGACCCAUUUAUGGUUCUGUCCGGCGGUCUCUCCUACGACACGGUGGGUCGGAGAGCCUGUCUGACGGUGAUGCACGGGAAGAGCACCGCCGUCCUGGAAAUGGACUUUCCUAUCGUGGAUUUCCUCACACUGUGCGAGACGCCGUAUCCCAAUGAUUUUCAGGAGCCGUACGCCGUGGUAGUCCUCUUGGAGCGGGACUUAGUCGUCAUCGACCUCGGACAGAUUGGGUACCCGAUAUUCGAGAGCCCUUAUCCCCUAAGCAUCCAUGAGUCCCCAGUGACUUGCUGCGAGUACUUUGCCGACUGCCCGGCCGAACUCAUUCCCGCACUUUACUCGGUGGGCAGCAGGCAGAAGAGGCAAGGGUACAGCAAGAAGGAUUGGCCCAUCAGCGGGGGAAACUGGGGCCAAGGCACGGAAAGUUACCCCGAGAUCAUCAUCACUGGACAUGCCGAUGGCUCCAUCAAAUUUUGGGACGCUUCCGCACUGAUGCUCCAAGUGCUGUAUAAGCUGAAGACAGCCAAGGUGUUCGAGAGGGCCCGCGGCAAGGAAGAGAAGGCGAACGCCGACAUCGUGGACGAGGACCCCUUCGCCAUCCAGACGCUGUGCUGGUGCCCCGAGAGCAGGAUGCUGUGUGUGGCCGGCGUGUCGGCGCACGUCAUCGUCUACCGCUUCAGCAAGCAGGAAGUCGCCACCGCCAACGUGCAGCUCUUGGAAGUGCGCAUGCAGUGCGAACUGAGCGACGUGGACUCGCCCGACGCUACCGGAGAGCAGACCCCCACGCAGGCGUCCUCGCUGCCCUCCAGCCCCCAGGACGGCGAGCCCCCCGCCACAGCCUCCACUCAACCCUCUGCCGGUGGAAAUGGCAGCAAUUCGUCGGCAGACGGACACCGAGACAACAUCCCCUGCCUGCAGGUGCGCAGCUCCCCUCUGAAGCAGUCUCCGGGCUACCAGGUGGAGCUGGUGGUGCAGCUGGUGUGGGUGAGCGGGGAACCACCUCAACAGAUCACUAGUUUGGCCAUAAACUCCUCAUACGGACUGGUGGUGUUUGGUAACAGCAAUGGCCUGGCGGUGGUGGACUACCUCCAAAAAACGCUGCUGCUCAACUUGGGCACGUCGGAGCUGUACAGCCCGUCGGAGCCCAACCAGAGGCAGCCUUGCUCCCCGCGCAAAGCUCGCCAGCCCUCUGGAGCGCUGUGCGAUUCCAACGAUGGGCCUAACGCCGCAGAGGAGCGCUGCAAGUCUCCUAACUCAGGAUCCAACUCGCCCUUCAAUUCCGAUGAUGAGAGCAAGGCCAAGUUCAUAAAGAAGGGUACUAAACGGUGCUGUGUGUGCGUUAUGCGUACGUCUGUGUGUCUUUGCAUGCGCGUUUAUGUAUUUCCGCGGAUAUUAUCUUGCCUGGUGCGCCGCCAUGUGACAUGUCUCUCUCCCUGUGAACUGUUUCCAGUGAAGUACAAAAGCAGACGCUUUUCCAAGACGGUUGCCAAUGACUUUGGUACUGUAUCAGUCACACCUAGGAUGUCGCGGAAAAUUAGCUCGUCUAAUGACCAAAAACCAAACCCGGCGUGGCGUUCCAUGUCGUCUAGGAAACGCUUUUACCGCACCCUCAGCGGCACGCCCACGUCAAGCCGCAAGAGCGUGAAGCUGGUCUUCCCCACAGCAAACUCAGACCACAACAUGAAUUCUAAGGACGUCUUGUUCAGCCGCUCGCGCAGUUCCAGCAUGACCAGCGUCGACCGGGAGUCCCGCGAGGCCGUGUGCGCCUUAUGCUUCUGCGAGACCUUCCCCAAGAAGUCGUCGGAGGGCGCGCCCAGCCCCUGCGUGCUGGUGGGCACCACCCAGGGCUCCGUCAUGUUGGUGGCCCUCAGCCUGCCCCACGGCGACGACCACAGGCUCAUGCAGCCAGUCGGGAUCUCCUCCUGUGGCACAGUGGCCAGACUCAAAGGAGGCAUCUUGACGAUGGCCCUGCUGGACGCCGCCGGAGCUGUGCUGCCAGCCUCCUACGAGCCAUGGUAUGAUCCCAACGCUUCCGACGAGGAGCAGGAGAAGGAGAAGAGCCGGUGGCGCCGGCCGGCAUCGCCGCCUUCUUCGCAGGAGGGCCACGACUCGCAAUUCGCCGUCCUGUGCUCGGAGAAGCAGGCCAAGGUGUUGGCCAUGCCGUCCCAGACGCGCGUCUACAAACACAGCAUCACCGAGUCGUCCUUCGUGCUGAGGGCUGACGUUGUACAGAUGGGCGGCGGCAAUUGCAUCGCGUGCCUCUGCGCCAACGGACACAUCAUGACUCUCAGCUUGCCGAGUCUGCGGCCCCUCCUGGACGUCAACUACCUGCCGCUUACGGACAUGCGGAUAGCGCGGACAUUCUGCUUCUCCAAUCUGGGCCAGGCUUUGUACCUCACUUCCCCCACUGAGGUGCAGAGGAUCACCUACAGCCAGGAGACCUGUGACAACCUGCAGGAGAUGCUGAGUGAGUUGUUCACACCAGUGGAGACCCCGGAGGCUCCCAACAAAGGUUUCUUCAAAGGCCUCUUUGGUGGAGGAGCUCAGUCUCUGGAUCGGGAAGAUCUUUUCGGCGAAACCGCGUCGGGGAAGGCUUCCCGUAGCCUGGCCCAGCACAUCCCCGGCCCGGGCAACAUGGAAGGCAUGAAGGGCGCGGCGUCGGGCGUGGUGGGCGACCUGGCCCGCGCACGGGUAGCUCUCGACGAGCGAGGGCAGAAGCUGGGUGAGCUGGAGGAGAGAACAGCUGCCAUGAUGGCCAGCGCGGACUCCUUCUCCAAACACGCUCAUGACAUGAUGCUAAAGUACAAAGAUAAGAAGUGGUACCAGCUCUGAUGAUGGCAGGCGACACCAUGAUAGGGACUGGGGACUAUGGAAUCACACACACACACACACACACGUACGUUUUCAAUUUUUUGGGGGGGGUGGGGGGUCAGGGUCUCUUUGCUGUGCAUUGCCUCACUGGCCGAAGGACCGCGGCUGCAGACCUAAAUGGGGAGUAGAAGUCUGACGAUCUCGCUCCGUGACCUCCCCCCGCCCGUCCUUUUAAGUGCAAUCAUCAAAGUUUGUUGGUGUCUUGCGGAAGGAUUCAGUCUUUUGUCUUUUGUGUGAGGAAAAGGCCAUUUUGAAGCACUUAGGAAUAUGAAGCAGGAGCUGAUGAAUCUCCUACCAAAUAAGGGCUGGUAGUAGACUAGUUCAUCAUCUUUUACAAAAAAACAAAAUGUCACUUUCCUUUGAUGAGCAUUUUGAUUAUUUAUCAGGACACACAAGAAGUUCUGUUACAGCAUCCAUCCGGACACAGGAGAAAUGUCUUUGACUAUGCUUGACGCGUUAUUUAUCAGAACACACUCACACAUGAUGGUUCUUAGAUUAUUUAUCAGUACACACAAGAAGUUUUGGAAAUAAUUUAUCAGGCCACUGGAGAAGUUAACUUAUUUAUCAGGAUACACAUAUUUGAUGAUCAGGGCUGGCGGGAAGUUUGCUCGAUUGUUUAUCAUGACACAUAGGAAAUUGUGUUAUUUAUCAGGACACACACAAAGUUUGUUAGGUAAUUUAGGAAGAAUUUUGUUCGCCGGGCAUUACUUUGUAUGAAUUUUGAAAGAAGUGCACACUUUGAAGAAAGAGAGCAUUUCGGAAGAUGUUUACGCUCCCGCUGAUGAGUUUACAUUGAAGCCUUUUUCACCUGGAGAUUCUGCAAAGUGACCGCAUUGGAGAUGGACACUUUUUCAUGUUUUUUAGGCUUUUUUCCCAACCCCACCCAUUAUGUUGUUGGGGGGGGGGGGGGGGGGUCAUUACAGUAUAAUGAAAUUAUUAUUGUUCAUUUCUUACCGCCAUAAUCAGUCACGCUGAAAAUAAUUCGUCAUCGACCACAUCCUGUAUUUAGUGUCCGACGCUGGGAAAAUUUUAGUCACAUGUUUGGUGUUGGAAAUUGGGGAAGAUUCUCAGCAAUGCUAUGCCAUUUUAGGAGAUUUGGUGCUCUGUGUGACAAGCACAGGCAGAUAAAUGACUGGAUCUCCUUGCACAUCUUUAAUGCCUCUCUUUUUUUCGGGCCCCUCCGUGUGAAAGAGGCUUCGAUUAGAUGGUAUUCUGCUGCAGUCCAUCUAAAAAAAGUGACGUGUUCAGGAUGAAAAGAGGCUAUGUACACUGGAAACAACGGUAUUCACUGUAUUCACUGGGCUAUUAUGCGAGGAGAAUGAGAGAUUUUAUAUUUUAGCUACCAUUCUCACUCUCCCAUGAUGACUAUUGAUGAGUUUUUUUUCUUUGUGUGUGUGUCUGUCUUGUUUAUUACCAUUUUUUUUCGACUGAUUGCUCCACUUUCGGUCAUUCUGAGUUGCCGUCGUUUGUUCUCAUUUCUGCCUUUGCUAACGCGUCUAUGCUGAGCUAGCCGGUUAGCCGCGUUUUUGCGAGCAUACAUAUAUUCAGGGAUAUGUGUAUGUAUGGACUCUAUAUUUGCUUUUUCUUGACACUGCUGUUUGUGUACAUCUUUUUUUCUUAUUUUUUUUUGUGCUCGUUGCUGCAAAAUAUUUGUAAAUAACAUAGUUGAAAUUUGAUGAGAUAUUGCGGCCGUCUUCUGUGUAACACCAAAGAGAUUAAUUGCAUAACCGUGAGUAUCUCCUCAUUUGUUCGUCUAUAUUUUUGGUGUAAUAAGUUGGGGGAAAUUUGCGGAAAACAUGACAAUGCCGUUUGAUUUUUUUUCCCACCUAGUUGCUCACAUCUCCCCCCUUUUUUUCCCCACAAUAACACAUUAGAAAAUAGGGGAAAAAAUGACCAACAUUCAAACCCCCAACUCCAAAGGUUUUCUCUUUAUAAAAACAAAAAAAUACAUCUAAAGGACAAAGUAAUGUAAAACAAGCCAAAUAUUCUGGCUGUAAUUCAUUUAUUUUUGGUUUUUUUGGUCAACGUAUUUGCCGUAUGAUUUUUAUUUUUAUUUUUUUUUGCAGAGGUGGAAGAAGUUAUGGAAAUUUCGCGGCAACAACAAAAAAUGUUUCGAUUUUUUUGGUCAAAUUUUUGUAUGCAAAAACUUAUGAACACAGCACUGAUUGAAUUUUCUCUUCAACCAGCCCGCCACCGCCAAAUCAUUCACACCCAAAACGGAAAGCGCAUUUUUAAAGCCACUGAGUAGUGAGAAACACAUGCCAAGCAGCAGACAUGCAAUGUGCGUUUUGCACAAUUUUUUUCUACCUUGUUUUUGUGAGAGGACCAAAAUACGUCAGAACCUAUCUAUGCUCAUCUGUCGAUGUCAUUUGCUUAUUGUAAUGAUCAGGUUUGUUGAUAUAUAUACAGUGUGUGUAUAUAUAUAAUAAACGUGAUCAUGUUCCUUAGGACUACCUUUAAAUUUCACUGUUUGGGAUGGAAUGGCUCAACUUUGAGCGUUUUUCUUUGGGGGGGGGGACACACCCCCAUGUCACAUACAGGUGCGUCACCCCCUCCACCCCCCUUUGUGGCCUCUCCUUUUCAAGUGCGUCGCGGUUCCUCAAAGCAGCAAUGGGCAACCCGUGGGCCAGAAACAAACGUAAUCUCAUAAUCUCGUCCUCCAUUGACAGAUGCAUGACGUUAAGUGUUUACAAACGCGUAUUAUCUUGACAUUUGUAUUUACCCACAAGAAAGACAUCAAUGAGACGUUUACAUUUGAUGGCGUGUGCGAGGUUUCCUGGCUUUUGCGUACGCACUGCUGCAUAAAAGGCUUUUGCUUGGCUUUACAGCACUGUGCAAAGGGGGUGGGGGGCCCGAGUCUGAGCCCCCACUCGUCCAUCCAUCCAUCAUACAUCCGAUUGUCCGUCUCUGUAUGUCUUCUGGGAUGAAUAUAUGUGGAGCUGCAGUAUUUUCUCAUUUUUGUACAGUUUUAUUAAAGAUGAAUUUCCCAUGGAUGUCCCAAAUCUGCUGCCACAAAUAAUUAGACUGUAGAUUAUAUAUAUAUAUAUAAUUGUGCAAUGUAAAAUAAAUGUUUAAAAAAAAUCAA